AUGCCAAUCUUUCCUCCACGACGAAAAUCCCAAGCGAAAAAAGAUGAUCCGAUGAGUGGAAUCAUUCCGUCCAUCUCAGAAACAACAACAUCAUCAUCGCCAACCAAUGCGGGUUCAUCGAAUUCAGUUACAUCGAAUCGCCAGCCUUCAUAUUCUUCGAGUAGUCAACGUUCAACAACAAACUCAUCGAAUGGUGAAACACCCAAACUUGUUUUCCAUUGUCAAUUAGCUCAUGGAAGUCCGACUGGUCUAAUAUCCGGCUUCAGUAACGUUAGGGAACUGUAUCAAAAGAUUGCUGCUUGUUUUGAAAUACCCGCUUCAUCGAUUCUUUUUUGUACAUUGAACACACACAAGAUUGAUAUGACUCAAUUAUUGGGUGGACAAAUUGGUUUAACUGAUUUUAUCUUUGCCCAUGUCAAAGGACAACCAAAAGAGAUUGAUAUUGUGAAAUCUGAACCUGCUCUCGGUUUAACGAUCACUGAUAACGGAGCGGGCUAUGCUUUUAUCAAACGCAUCAAAGAUGGAAGUAUUAUCGAUCGAUUGAAAACAUUGGUUAAAGUCGGUGAUCAUAUCGAAAAAAUCAAUGAUAAAUCAUUAAUUGGAACACGACAUUUCGAAGUGGCAAAAAUGCUUAAAGAUCUUCCUGUUGGUGCUACAUUUACCAUGCGAUUGGUUGAACCGAAUGCUUUCGGAUUUCAUGUUGAACCGGCUAAACGUGGUCGACGGCCAGGUGAUGUGAAAAGUGGUACGAAAACUUUACGUUUCAAAGCAGAUGGUAACGUCAGUGUCGAAGACGUCGAUGAUACGAUGGUCAAAGCUAUCGAUCGUAUCAAUUCGCUUCUUGAAACAUUUAUGGGCAUUCACGAUUCUGAUCUCGCACGACAAAUCUGGGAUUUAGCACAGAAUAAAAAGAAUCCAAGCGAUUUCGCUAUGGCCAUCGACGAGUCGGAAAUCGGUGCAUUCAACUUCACCGACGAAUUCAUCUUUGACCUAUGGGCUGCUAUCGAUGAUAUCAAAGCCGGACGAAUCAAAGAAGAAGAUUACGAAAAUGAACGCUUAUAA